AUGGCACAUGACUGUGAAUGUAGAAUGAAAGGUACCAUGUGGGGAUCUGACUAUGAACUUCUUAUAUUGCAAUACUUUUUGAUUCAGCACAGAAAAAUGAAACAACCUAAAAUUAUUGAGCUAUUCUUUUAUCUCCCCAAUAAUGAGGAAAUUCUGUUAUGCUGUGAUGGUGCCUCUAGGGAUAACCCUGACAUUGCUGGUUAUGGCUUUGUGGUUAGAAAUCAGUAUGGUGAUUUUGUUUUUGCUGAAUCUGGAGGUCUUGGGGUGACUACAAACUAUGUUGCAGCGUUUAUUGCAAGUGUCAGAGCUUUAGAAUGGGCUAUUAAACACCAAAAAUACAAGAUUAUCUUACAAUCAGAUUCUAAGGCUUGCAUACAUUCAUUAAUGCAACAAAAGAUUCCAUGGUUCUUACUGGCAAGAUGGCAAAGAAUGCAGGAUAAUGUUCUCUCAAUUUCUUAUAGACAUGCUUGCAUGCUAAUGUUCUCUCAUUUUUUCGGCUGA